AUGAGAUGCGACAGACUUGCCCAAGCGGUUAUCCUUUCUUGCCAAGCCGCUCAUGCAUUGUCCUCGGAUGCUGGUUACCCUCAAGGUUUACAACACGAAGACAAGGAUGGCAGACAGAGAUUUUGGGUUCACGACAAUGAGUUUGAUGGGCACAAACUACCAUUUGGCUUUGCUGGCUUGAACACUUUCGCAAAGCUGCCAUAUGAAAAUUGCUUCGAAAACGAUGGUCUCAAUGCGCCCAAGUUCGACAUCGCUAUUCUCGGCGCGCCACACGACACAGUCAGUAGAGCCCAAGUGCUCCAUGAAGACCCUGACAUUCACAUGACGCAAAACAGCCGCCCAUCAGAAUGUCAUUUCGAAAGCCACAUUUGCUCAAGUGCUAACGUCAAUUCUGAAGACCGUCACUGCACGGCCAGGUGCAAGAUAUGGGCCAUCUGGAAUCCGGGCCGCCGCGAUCCGCUCCAUGAUUGGGCCAAAGUGGUCGAUUGUGGUGACGCCCCAAUGCCAUGGCUGGACAACCGCGCAGCUCUGAAGACUCUGGAUCUUGCACAUGUACUAGUCUCAGGUUGUCCUGCAGCCAACCCAGCCAAAUCUCUCGGUCCAAGGAUAGUAAUGCUUGGCGGUGACCACACAACGACUCUCUCAGCCCUUCGUUCAACCUACCGACGUUGGGGCAAGGUAUCUGUUAUUCACUUUGAUAGCCAUAUAGGUGAGAUCGCCCUGUGA